AUCCGGUUAAAGAGGGUAGGUGUCGCUGAAGGUGAUAUAUGUAUGUAUCAGACGGCGCGACAGCAUCUCAGCUCAGUUUCAAUCCAGACCUCAUCCUUCGGACUUUACCUCCUUUCGUAACAAUCAUCGUUCAGUGUCUGGCAGACCUCCUUUCCUAUCACCAUGAAGAUCACUGCAACCCUCGUGAGCGUCUUGGCUACGGCUUUUGCUGCCCGAGUCCCGGAGCCGGAGCCGGUGGCUGAAGCUGGUCUCGUUGAGCGCCAGACUGGCCCUGGUGGCAUCAACUACGUCCAGAACUACAACGGAAAUCUCGGCCAGUUCACCUACAAUUUGGCUCAGGGCACUUAUUCCAUGUACUGGCAGAAUGGUGUUAGCAAUGACUUCGUUGUCGGGCUGGGAUGGUCCACCGGCGCUGCUCGCUCUAUCACUUACUCUGCCACAUACAAUGCUGCCUCAUCUGGCUCCUUCCUUUCUGUCUACGGCUGGAUCAACUCUCCUCAAGCCGAGUACUACAUCGUUGAGAACUACGGGAAUUACAACCCUUGCUCUGGUGCCACGAGCCUUGGGACGGUCUAUUCCGACGGAGCCACUUACAAUGUCUGCACUGACACCCGCACCAACCAGCCAUCCAUCACCGGAACCAGCACCUUCAAGCAGUACUGGUCUGUCCGCCAGUCCAAGCGCAGCUCCGGCACAGUAACCACGGGCAACCACUUCGCCUACUGGUGAGCAAAACGAGGAGUCCAGAUGUUCGAGGCAUUGCUGACCCAUCGAUUACAGGGCCAAGUACGGUUUCGGGAACUCGUACAAUGUAAGGAAACCAUCGAGUGCUCCUGAUUUAAGGCAGCGCUAAUCGUAUCCCCAAUUCCAAGUUAUGGCCGUGGAGGCUUUCAACGGCGCUGGUUCCGCUACUGUGUCCGUGUCUUAGACGUCUGGCAGAAGAUGGGUUAAAGGCGAAAAGUUGCGUGCUUGUGGAGCGGAUGAUGGGGACUUGAACCACAGCUUCCGCACCAGCACCGUUGGCAGUGCUGGCCAUAAGGGUUUGGGCCGGAAGACGAAAAGGGGCUCUCAGGACAUGUCGCUACUCUCUUACAGUCAUUCGCUUGGUUCAUAUAACCUUUCAUCUACAUUCACCAUCCCGGCCCCAUUGCCACUUAAAGUUUUGGUUUGGUGCUAGCCAUAUCG